GCGGCGGGCAAGGCGAGAGCUCCUGCGCCCGGGCGCCCUGCGCGAGGUGCGGCGGCGGCGCUGUGGCUUCCUGGGAGCCAGGCGCCUGGUGACACAAAGGCUGGUGGGUCGUUCGAGCAACCCGGGAGCCGGCAAAGGGAAAGCGAAAGCCGCGGGCGCGGCAGGUGACAGAGAAGGCGCCGCGCAGUCCUCCCAGCUCUCCAGACGUCGGCGGUACCCGGGACUGCGCUCCUGCGCCGGUGGGGCCGAACCCGCGCGCCGCAGCCAUGGCUAUCGCCCACCUGGCCACGGAGUACGUGUUUUCGGAUUUCUUGCUGAAGGAGCCCUCGGAGCCCAAGUUCAAGGGGCUGCGGCUGGAGCUGGCAGUGGAUAAAAUGGUCACGUGCAUCGCGGUGGGGCUGCCCCUGCUGCUCAUUUCGCUGGCCUUCGCGCAGGAAAUCUCCAUCGGUACCCAGAUAAGCUGUUUCUCCCCAAGUUCCUUCUCCUGGCGUCAGGCCGCCUUCGUGGAUUCUUACUGUUGGGCUGCCGUUCAGCAGAAGGACUCCUUGCAGGGCGAUUCCGGACACCUUCCACUGUGGCUGCAUAAGUUUUUCCCCUACAUCCUGCUCCUGGUGGCCAUCCUCCUGUACCUCCCCUCCCUGUUCUGGCGUUUUACUGCGGCUCCUCAUCUGUGCUCAGACUUGAAGUUUAUCAUGGAAGAACUUGACAAAGUUUACAACCGCUCGAUUAAAGCUGCAAAGAGCUUGUGUGAUCAGGACAUGAGAGAUGGCCUCGGCCCAGUUCCGGGUGUUGAGAACACAGGGCACAGUUUGUGGGAGAUCUCUGAAAGCCACUUCAAGUACCCAAUUGUGGAGCAGUACCUGAAGACGAAGAAGCACUGUACUAAUUUAAUCAUCAAGUACAUCAGCUGCCGCUUGCUGACCCUCGGCAUAAUACUGUUAGCGUGCAUCUACCUGGGCUACUACUUCAGCCUCUCCUCCCUCUCCGACGAGUUUGUCUGCAGCAUCAAGUCCGGGAUCCUGAGGAAUGACACCAGCGUGCCCGACCGGUUUCAGUGCAAGCUCAUUGCUGUCGGCAUCUUCCAGCUGCUCAGUUUUAUCAACCUCGUGGUUUACGUCCUGUUGGCUCCUGUGGUUGUCUACACGCUCCUUGUUCCGUUCCGACAGAAGACAGACAUUCUCAACGUCUAUGAAAUCCUGCCCACGUUUGAAGUCCUGCGUUUCAAGUCUGAAGGGUACAACGACCUGAGUCUCUACAAUCUUUUCCUGGAGGAGAACAUAAGCGAGCUCAAGUCCUACAAGUGUUUGAAGGUGCUGGAGAACAUUAAAAGCAGCAGCCAGGGCGUGGACCCAAUGCUUCUCCUGACUAACCUCGGCCUGAUCAAGAUGGACAUUGUCGACGGCAGAAGACCAGAGCCUGUGGACAUGACAGCAGAGGAGCAGGAGGACUCGAUAGCAGAGCUCAAAGAUUUGAAUGCACCCAGUGAAAAUAAAGUAAGUAAUGGAGGGAAGAAUGCUCGGCAGAGACUUUUGGAUUCUUCUUGCUGAUGGUUUUUUUCCCCUUGAACCGGAGAUCUGUGACUUCUGUGAGGUGGGAUGUGUCAUGGCCGAAGCACUCAGUCAGGUUCCCAUCUGGUUUGCAGCCAGUGGUUCUUGGUAGAGACACUGAGCGCGUCCUAUCGAGUCCCUGAUGAAAAUGACAGUCAACAGAACGUUGUGGAAGUAUGGUUCACGGACUUCCAACGAGAAGCGCCAUGGAGAUCAGUGAACCACGGCAGAUGUCGGUGUGCAAGUCCUCGUCGAGUGGAAAGUGGAAAGGCUUAUCAGAGAGUCGUGAGACCUUUUAGUGCCUCAGAGAAACACCUUUCUGUGCAGAUGGUGCUAUGAGACUCUGAGCUACUAGCAAGGACUUCGGGAGGAUUUAUUUUAGAUUCGUCUUAGGAAAUACUGAUAAACAUGUCGGGAUACAAUUUUAAUAUGAAUCUCCUAUGUACCCUUAAUGACUGUUGGACAAGAAAAACAUCCACCAACCCAUCGGCAGACCUGCUGCUGGUGGUGUCCUAAACUGGGGGGACAGUGCUGGUGUCUCUUCACACUGCUGCUUGUCACCCUGGCUCCCUGAAAUCACUGACCACGGUUUGUCACGCUCUGCCGGGAAGGGCCGCGGGCCCAGGCACUGCUCUGAUGGGAAACUUGGUGAACAAGAGUGCAAGGGAUACUUCAUUGUGACUUCUGUACAGGAAAGAAUGCCACUGAAAGAGCCCCAUGGGGAAGUCUGCACAUACCGAACAAGUUAACUCACUCAGUUUUCCAAGGGGUUUUCUCCAGAUCAUUCCUCUGCCAUCAAAAGAACUGAAAUAGGAGGUUACCUACUUGAACAGAACACAGAAUGCUUAACACGGGGGACAUGUUGCUGAUUACGAUCAGAACAUAUACGUGACAUCUGCCAUAUGGCGUGCGUGGGGCCAGACCCAGCGGUUUGUUUUACUUCUAUUGGAGCACAUCGUUUAAAGCUUCAUUUUCAUUUAGAAGCAUAUGAUCUCAAAAGUGAGGCCAUUCGGGAAGGACAUUCGAGUUUUGAUGGAGAGUUAUAGAAUCAAUGUUACAAAUGGGUAUUUAACACCCAAGCAUUAUUUCAUAAACAUUUAAGUCUGAUUCAGAAUAUAUAAAAGCCUUUCUCCGUUCUGACCACGUAAAUAGGUCCUAACUAUGUUUACAUUUUAUACAGAAUUCUUUAAAAUUAUAUCCGUGGAUUUCCCUGUCUUCAUUCUUAGGAAGUUAACCAAUUUUUACAUUAAGUACUCCUCAGGAACCUCAAAGUUUACCUUUGGCUCUUAGGGACAGUUGUUUAACAUAAUUACUGUUUUGUGAAAAACAGAAGUUGUAUAAGCUGCUGAGAAUAUUCUGAGAAUAUUCUACUCUUUUCAGAAUAUUCACAGAAGCAGAUUUUUAGCUGCGAGGCUGUGAUGGUUUCUGAGUUGGAAGGCUAAUGAUAAGUAUUAAGGUGCAAUCAGUGCUUUAAAUUAUUCUUAUUACGUGAUAUUUAUUACCAUUGAAUUAUAGUGUGAUUUUGAAAUGGAAUUAACCUAAAUAUCUCAUUUCCCUUCAUUUUUAUAUCGCUGUAUUCGUGUGUUCACUGUUCACAGUUCCACACUGGUUUCUUUUUAUACUUGGAAAAGAUUUCUGAGGUAUUUUUCUAUAAAUACUUUGCCGCCCCCCCAAAAGCUUCAUCUGCUUUAUUGGCUGCCCCUAAUUUAUUUUUUGAAGUCGUACAAGUGGAUCCAUUAUCUUAGGAAACCGGCAACUCCCUAAGCCCUGUCAUGUAAUCCUUGUGUCAGGGUUGUGGUUGGAGUCCUUGACCUCUGUUCCUACCUGCUGGGCUCCAGUGGGCUCUGUGACGUCCCAGGCUAGUCACUGACCGUGGGGAUGUUGCGAAUAAGGCACGUCCCCAGCUUUGAGGAGUUCAGAGUCUAGUAAAAGGCCACAAAGGCAGAAGCAGGAACAAAGAAGAGCAGCCACAAUAAAGGCCCUUCCAGAAAACUCCCAGCGAAUGCUCUGUGUUCUGGGUGGACGCCAUAUUGUUUUCCUCUCCACCAUAGGUUCUGUAGCCGGUGGUUUAAGAAUGUAGUUGCAGUUUUUUCCAGAGGUUCUUAAUCACAACUACUCCAGUCUGAAGCUUGAACACAAUGAUAAGAUAGCGGUUUUGAGUAAAAGGAGCUCCAUUGGCCUUUUGUGCCUUACCUUGUGGGGGAGGGGAGGGCAGACCAGUGGCAGACGUGUUGUUGCCCAUGAAUGACAGUCGUGGAGCUUAGGGGCUGAUGUGGAUGCCUGGUCAUACAUUCUGGCCUGGGAAAAAGUGUUAGCAGGAAAGUUAACUCGUUCAUCCCCUAUGAGUUGCUGACGUACGGGACUACUUUUGAGGGUCCCAUUUUCUGAGGGUAAGGAGUCAUUCGUGGUAUUAUAAAAGGGAACAGGCCAAUCCUAAAUGAGUACCUGAGGGUCACAGACUUUGUUUCCGGUUCCUGUCUUCCUAGUAAAGCACCAGCUGCGCCUCAAACGGAUCAUUCUGAAAGCAGCAUCCAGCCACGUGUUUGGUUUUUACCACACGGCAGGCGAAGACUUCCAGUGUAGACGUUCUUAAGCCUCCAGGAAGUUAUAAACCCCUUGCAAAUACUCGUAAAGCUGCGAACCCUUUCCUCCAACACAACACUAAAUACACCGUCGGGGGCCAUCGUAGCCCAUGAAGCUGUGCUCUUGUGGCCAGAGACUGAGCUGCGCGGUGGAGAAUGGAGGCCCACGUGGGAAGCUGCUGCAUGCUUACUGAGCGAGCUCGUGUUUGCACACUCUUGAGCGUGCUCUACCUUUGGAGGAAUGGAUUUCAGUCAGGCUGAAAAAGUCAAGAGAGUGAGUGGGUGGCAGUGGCCCGGAGUGACCCCUGUCCAGCGUCUCUAGAGUGUGGGUGAGGGUGAGCACGACACUUGUGAAAUGCUUUGUCCUCCUUUGUAGCUGUACUGUGAAAAUGCUGGAACUGCCAGCUGGGUGGCAGGGCAACUGCUGCAUGUCUGUUUGGUCUGUAGAAGCUGCCUGUUCACUGAGCAUCCUCACCUACCCAGGGAUGAGCAGAGGUGGGCCAGGGGCGCUGCCGGCCCCGGUCCGGGCACAGGGAGUUCCGCUCCGGGGGGUGGAUUGUCGCAGGCUUUUUAAACUGUGUUCGUGUUGGUGUAUUUUGCUUAUUGUUGGUCCCAGUUUAUAGACUAUCCACAAUGGUGGGAGUUUUUAUCUACUGCUUUUGUAAGCUCCCAAAACAGCGAUUGGCUGGCGUGGAAUAGAUAGAUGUUCUGUAAAUAUUUGGUGGACACACAAACACACUGUUAGGAGAAGUCCUAGUUUGUUGGCAAUGGUGUUAUUUUAAAAGGCAAACCGUCCUCUGCAGGAGAGGAGAGGGGAGACUCAGCCUCGUGGGGGAGAGAGGAUUGUUUCUGUAAUUGACUAGAUCUCCACAUGUAAGUAGGAACAGUCCUUAGUUUUUUCCUGUGGAGUAAGUUGUGACCACUUUCCAAGUUCAGUACAAGUUCAUUGUUGUCUUGCUUGCAGUGAUGGAAAGUUUUUUCUUUGAAAUUGAAGUUUUAAAGCCCCUGAUCUCAGUUAUUUCCCAGAACGGACCUUUGAAAAGGAAAGCUGGUUGAAAUGUGCAAUUACUAGUAAUUGGAGGUUCUCCUGAGGGCAUGGAGAGGAAAUGGCUCCUUCUGGGCGAUCGUUGGCCUUUUGGUCCUGUUUUUCACAGGUAAUGUGAAGCCUUUAAAAAAGGUUGGCAAAGAUGGUGUUUGUCACUUGUGGAACAUAAUAGAUGUUAAUUCGUGAUUGGCUGGUUCAGUCUGCUGGACAUGAACUAUCAUUUCAGGAUUCUCUUUUUAGCUGUAAAAGCACUCUGUCACUGAAAGCAUGCAUUUGAUCUGUGAUUGUUCUUAAAGUUCUUGAAAGUUACAAAAGUUUCUAAUGCCUUGAGUGCUUUCCCCUGCCCACCAGAGGAGGAGCGUCCUUGUAGAAUUCGACAGUGUCACAAGUGUUCCCUACAAAAGAUGAAGCCAUCAGUUCCUCUUUACAAGUUGUUUUUUUUUAAAGCACCAUAAUUACAGCCUAAUGGGGUUCUGUAAAGCAGUGCUUUAGGCAUAAUUUACAUUCUUUUCAAUGACUAAACAUCUCCAGAACGUUUUAAAGAGAAAUACGCAUGUUCUUUUUGCUGUGUCAUUUGGUAAGAAUGAAUGGUGUUCUGUUCCAAAAGGAUGACAGACAGUAUAUCAUGGUUAGAAAAUGAUCCUUAAAAAAAAGCACAAGAGCCUUGAAAGCUUUCCAGUUUGGCGGCUGUCACGGAUGCAUUUUGUGUUUCCACGUAAGCCACCUGUCCAAGUUCUGCAUUGGGAUGAAGCCGGCCUCCCUUAAGGGAGGGAUGAAAAGCUCAAGGCUGCUGCGUCAGUAAAGGGGAAACACCGUUUGGUUCUGCACUGUUAUGUCCACCUAAAUAAAACUUCUCUCAGUAGUGGAAAA